UCGUGGGUUCGACUCCCACUGUGGUCGCUUGUUUUUAAUUCUUUCAUCCUCUUCUCCUCGCUCCUCUCCUCAGCGAAAUUUCCUAAACACUCUCUCUCUAUCUAGGGUUUUAGGCAUUUUUUUUACCCCUCUCUCUCUCCUUCUCUGUAAUCUUAGUUUGAUUGCAGAGCUUCACACAUUCCGGGUAAAGAUGGCUUCAGUGGGACAACCGCCGGCGCCGGCGCCUCUUAAGCGGCGGGAGGCUCCUGCUGCAUCAAGAGAAGAUGAUAAAAUGAUCAUCACUCCGCUAGGUGCCGGCAAUGAAGUCGGCCGCUCUUGCGUGCACAUGACCUUCAAAGGGAAAACUGUCUUGUUUGAUUGUGGUAUUCACCCCGCUUAUUCGGGCAUGGCUGCUUUGCCCUACUUUGAUGAGAUUGAUCCGUCCACAAUUGAUGUCCUUCUCGUAACCCACUUUCACUUGGAUCAUGCUGCAUCCCUACCUUACUUUCUUGAGAAGACCACAUUCAAAGGCCGAGUUUUUAUGACUUAUGCUACAAAGGUUAUCUACAAGUUGCUUUUGACGGAUUAUAUAAAAGUGAGCAAAGUUUCAGUUGAAGAUAUGUUGUUUGAUGAGCAGGACAUAAAUUCCUCAAUGGAUAGAAUUGAGGUUAUUGAUUUCCAUCAGACAGUAGAGGUUGAGGGCAUUCGAUUUUGGUGCUACGCUGCGGGUCAUGUCCUUGGUGCUGCCAUGUUUAUGGUUGAUAUAGCCGGUGUUAGAGUCCUUUAUACUGGAGAUUAUUCACGUGAAGAAGACCGGCAUCUCCGUGCUGCUGAGACCCCACUGUUCUCCCCUGAUGUAUGCAUUAUUGAAUCGACUUAUGGUGUCCAGCACCAUCAACCUCGGCACAUCCGUGAGAAGCGGUUUACUGAUGUUAUCCACACAACCAUCUCUCAAGGGGGUCGUGUCUUGAUUCCUGCAUAUGCACUUGGCCGUGCCCAAGAACUUCUCCUCAUCCUUGAUGAGUAUUGGUCAAACCAUCCUGAGCUCCAUAAUAUUCCCAUUUAUUAUGCUUCUCCACUUGCCAAAAGAUGUUUGGCUGUAUACGAGACAUACACCCUUUCUAUGAACGAUAGGAUCCGCAAUGCGAAGUCAAAUCCUUUCAUUUUCAAGUACAUAUCACCACUAAAGAGCAUUGAGAAUUUCAAAGAUGUAGGCCCAUCGGUGGUGAUGGCAAGCCCUGGUGGUCUUCAGAGUGGACUGUCAAGGCAGCUAUUUGAUAAGUGGUGCACUGAUAAGAAAAAUUCGUGCGUUAUUCCAGGUUAUAUGGUUGAAGGGACUCUAGCCAAAACCAUCAUCAAUGAACCGAAAGAGGUAACUAGUAUGACUGGACUCUCGGUACCUCUCAACAUGCAGGUCCAUCACAUUUCAUUCUCUGCCCACGCGGACUCUGUCCAGACUACUGCAUUUUUGGACGAGCUGAGGCCUCCUAACAUAAUCCUAGUUCAUGGAGGAGCUAAUGAGAUGGGAAGGCUAAAACAGAAGCUCGUGAUCCAGUUUGCUGAUUGGAACACCAAAAUCCUGACCCCAAAGAAUUGUCAGUCUGUUGAAUUGUAUUUUAACUCCCAGAAAAUGGCAAAAGCUAUUGGAAGGCUUGCUGAGAAGACCCCUGAAGAUUGUGAAACUGUCAGCGGUUUGCUGGUAAAAAAAGGCUUCAGUUAUCAAAUAAUGGCUUCCGAUGAUCUCCAUGUCUUCUCACAGCUGUGCACAGCAAAUGUCACUCAACGGAUUACUAUUCCAUAUGCUAGUGGCUUCACUGUGAUAAAACAUCGGCUUAAGCAAAUAUUCGAGAGUGUAGAGUCUUCAGUGGAUGAGGAAUCUGGAGUGGCAACAUUGCGAGUGCAUGAUCGGGUGACAUUGAAGCAGGAUACAGAUAAACACAUAUCACUGCAUUGGCCUUCGGAUCCUAUAAGUGACAUGGUGUCCGACUCCAUUGUUGCUCUUAUUUUGAAUAUCAAUCGAGAAGUCCCCAAGGUAGUUGUUGAAUCAGAGGAGAUGAAAACUGAGGAAGAAAAUGGGAAGAAGGUGGAAAAGGUCAUUCGUGCACUUCUGGUUUCACUCUUUGGCGAUGUGAAGCCUGGAGAAAAUGGGAAACUAGUGAUUAGUGUUGAUGGGAAUGUGGCGCAGCUUGAUAAACAGAGCGGGGAUGUAGAGAGUGAAAACGAAGGUCUCAAGGAAAGAGUAAAAACAGCAUUUCGCCGAAUCCAAAGUGCGUUGAAGCCAAUCCCUCUCCCUGCAACGUAAGCAGCUGCAGCUUAUCAGUCUAUCUUUUUCUGCAUUUUGAGUAACUUUUGAAUCUUGUAAAGCUAUAGAGAUGAACACUGGAUGCUAGUUAACAGUAGUGUCUGAGCUCGUAUUUAGUACCAACUAAACUAGCAACUGUUAAACGCAAAGCAACUGACUUUUUGUCAAUUUUGUAUGGACUAGUUUUCAAGAGUUCUACUCUUUUUUAUUCGAAUGCUAUCGUUAUCGUUCGUCUCU